UCCCGUUAUACUCGGGCAGAGCUAGGAGCGUUACAAUCCCGUUAUACUCGGGCAGUGCUAAAACCGUUACAAUCCGGUUUUACUCGGGCAGAGCUAGGCGCUCCGAAUUGCGGUUUCAGGAAUGAGGUGGAAAAGGCGAGGAGAACAUGUACAUAGGAUUUCUCUAAACGCAAAUACUUUGAUACGGAAGAUGUGUUUGUUGCUGAGAUUGUGGAUUCCUGUGCUAUUCCUGACAGAUCUCCCAUCAUGCUCAGCCAUCCAGGUGUCUGCUCGUGAAGACAGGAAGUAUGCCAUGCUGUUCCAGUCGGUGGUCCUGCCGUGUCAAUACUCCACCAUGUCCACCCAGACACCUGUGGUCCAAUGGUGGUACAAGUCUUACUGCCGCGACCGCACCCGCGAUGCCUUCAGCUUCCCGGAGAGCCUGGGGGUAGGGGGGUCUGAGCUGGGCUCCUCGUCCCAUCUAGACUGCUCCGAUUCUAGCCGCACCGUCCGCGUGGUGGCCUCAGUCACCGGAUCUUCCAUCACCCUGGCCGAGCACUACAAGGGGAGAGAUAUUACUAUCAUCAACA